GUGUUUUGUUCCGCAUGACAGCCUGUCAUCUAACAACCAAUCACCGUGGUCAUUGCGAGGCAGCUCGUGCAUGAGAAUUGACGUCAUCCGUAGCAACGGAGACUCACUCUUAGUUUAGGAGUUAUCAUUUUUCCUUACUAAAAGUAGGUCUGAAAGGCGUUGUGAAUAACUUUUAAGAGAAAACUCCUAGCUAAAAUCUUUUAGUGCGAUUUAAGAGUACUCUUAGUGGUAAGAUAAAAUUCUUUGUGAAUACGGCCCCAGAUGAAGAAAAUGUUUGAAUUUGUGGCCUCUACAGCUGAAAGUCUCCUCAAGAACCAGGAGUUGAUUGACUUCCUAAGAGAGCAAAAGUUUGAUGCUGUUUUAACGGAUCCAGUCUUGCCAAUAGGGCCCAUACUGGCGUAUAAUCUUUCAGUACCGGUGGUGAACAUGUUAAGGGGGAUGCCGUGUGGCCUUAAUCCUAGAGUUAUAGCUUGCCCCAGCCCUCCGUCUUAUGUCCCACGCUUCCAUACACGAAACAUAGAUCGUAUGACCUUUGGUCAGCGUGUGGUUAACAUGCUAGUAACUAUGCUGGAAGUGCCGCUCUGUAAGAUUGUGUACGGACUCUUUGAGGAAAUACAAUCCAACUUUAUUCAGAGAGAUGUGAGCUUGAUGGAGAUCCUGAGCAGUGCUGCUGUUUGGCUGAUGCGGUAUGAUUUCACCCUGGACUUCCCCAAACCAUUGAUGCCCAAUAUGGUGCUUAUAGGAGGAAUUAACUGUGACAUUAGAAAUCCACUGACAAAGGUAGGCUACAUUGUAAAGAUCAAUCACUAUUAAAUUAUCACCUGAUUU